AUGGCAUCCAAGAAAUUCGCCUUCUGGAACGGUUUCCCGUUCAUGACCGCCCCACGAACAAACUACUACUCCGCGCAGUUACAGUCGUCUCUGUUCCGUCUGCCACGCGAAGUUCGAGAUGUCAUCUACGCAUACUAUGUUACUGGAGACGAUGGUUACCAUUACGACAGUGGAACUGGCAAGAUGCUCUAUACAACUGAGCCAAGGCAAACAGUUCGCCUCGGUCUAACCAUCACUUGUCGAAUUGCCUAUGAAGAGCUGAAGCACAUGGUGUUUGAUCUGCUACAACACGAGGACUUCCUUGAUCUCUACACUCGCUAUCCAUCGGUCAAAGCUUGGUUCAGAGAGCCUUUGCAACGGUCAGUGGCAGAGCAGGCCGAUCUCCUGCUUGCUUCUGAAGGCCCUGGCGACGAAGGCGAAUUAGCUGCUGGCGCAUUCGACAGGGCUCUUCAAUAUGCACUACUGUGUGCAAGAAAGCGUAACGGUCCUGAGUUUGCGAGGCUUGCUGGCGAGACAUUUGGUGCGGGACUGUGUCCCAUCGAUAGGCUCCCGGGUGAAUCGCAAAUGAAUAAGUUCGUCGAAGGCGCAUUGUACGAUGUGUAUUCUUGGGAGCCCGAGCCAUGGGCAAUGCCGGACGAUGACGAGCUGGCAAAGCUCGAAUCCCUGAUCUGCCUUCCCAGCGACACCGACACUGAUCUUCCCAUGACCGACGAGGGCAUCUUCUACUUUCCGGGUAUGGAUACCCACAUGAUAGCAGCUGCGGAACGAUGGUUCUUCUCUGCGGCAUCGAUCGCAAUUGACUUUUUACGGCAGAUGUCACCACAACGAAGGUGUAACUUGCGCAACCUCAUACUGAACGAAAACUUCAAAUCGGUGUCUCGGCCUGAACUCCAUGCACGCGGCCUAAUUCCUUUCUGUCUUGAGAACCCAAACCUUCACAUAGAAAGGCGCAUCGACUUGUUCAACAACUUACUUCCGGAAGGCUUCAUAUGGUUCGAUACAUUCGAUCCCAAUCACGAAUUCGACUGGCUGAGACCUACGGAAUGUUUUUGGGUACUGAUUCCUUGGAUCGAAGAGGCGUAUAACCUUUUGUCAUGCGGGAUGCCAUUCCACUCCUUCAGCUUAGUCAUCGAUGGCUCGACCAGAGAGAUCUCCGAGAUCUGGAAACUGAUCAAGUACGCUGCGGCUACACAGGAGGCGCGACUCGAGCAAUAUCGGCUUCUGAAAGAGGACCCACCUCCUAGGUCACAUUCGCUGGAUUACUAUUUCUGGUCGGCUCUCCCCACCAACUUUGCAAAGAUGAUCCGCGAGAUAGUAGAAGGCUCGUCAGUCGUCAAGUUUGAAGGGGACGUAGGUGAGCCUUGGGAUUCAGAUGCGUUUUUGUUCGAACGCAAAGAUUGGAGCGACGAGCAGUGGGACCAAGAUUGGAUCGAUAAUAUCGUUUGCUACGGGAUUUCCUCGAAUCGAUUCCGGCAGGCGGCAAACAGGUAUGCUAUCAAGCCAUAUGCGUUAAGGACGACACGUCGUUUCGUCAGACACGGAGAAGGCGACCCGAACGAUGCACAAUCAGGUGUGUGA